GCUAUCAAGCACAAUGGCGUCUGUAUGAUUUUCCGUGAGUGUAGCAUCGGACGUCUUCCUCGCGUCAAAGAUGACGACAGCAGCCAGACCAACUUUUGAACCUGCAAGAGGUGGAAGAGGAAAAGGGGAAGGUGAUCUGAGCCAACUCUCAAAGCAGUAUUCCAGCCGAGACUUACCUUCCCAUACAAAGGUAAAAUAUAGGCAAACUACUCAGGAUGCCCCUGAAGAGGUUCGUAACCGGGACUUCAGGAGAGAGCUGGAAGAGAGAGAGCGAGCUGCUGCCAGAGAGAAAAAUAGGGAUCGUCCAACCCGGGAACAUACAACUUCCUCUUCAGUAUCCAAGAAGCCUCGGUUAGACCAGAUUCCUGCUGCCAACCUUGACGCAGAUGAUCCUCUAACAGACGAGGAAGAUGAAGAUUUUGAAGAGGAGAGUGAUGAUGAUGACACUGCAGCUCUUCUUGCAGAACUGGAAAAAAUUAAAAAAGAAAGAGCUGAAGAGCAGGCCAGGAAGGAACAAGAGCAAAAAGCUGAAGAAGAGAGAAUCUGUUUGGAAAACAUUCUGAGUGGAAACCCUCUGCUUAAUCUCACUGGCCCAUCCCAGCCUCAGGCCAACUUCAAAGUUAAAAGAAGGUGGGAUGAUGAUGUUGUCUUCAAGAACUGUGCAAAAGGUGUAGAUGAUCAAAAGAAAGACAAAAGAUUUGUAAACGAUACACUGCGAUCUGAAUUUCACAAGAAGUUUAUGGAGAAAUAUAUUAAGCAGUACAGUUUUAUGUGCUUAUUUAAAGACUAAAAUGUUAA